AUGAUGCUCAAGCAGGUCCUAAAUUGGUGUCUGUCGAGCACAGACACCAAGAUGCCUCUCCUAGUCCUAAUUCCUGAAUUUGAUAAUCCAUAUCCAGAAAAUAGCAAAACCAAUUCAGGAAAGUACUUGGAAUAUGAGAAUCUUAUAAGUACCGGUAGAGAAGAUUUUGAGAUUAGAAAACCAAAUGAUGAAUGGGAUCCCAUAUCAUUAAAUUACACUUCAGGAACAACAUCAAGUCCCAAAGGAGUUGUUUACCAUCACCGAGGUGCAUAUCUCAAUUCUCUUGCAGCAAUUCUUCUUAACGGCAUUGGUCCAAAUCCCGUGUACCUAUGGACUGUACCGAUGUUUCAUUGUAACGGUUGGUGCCUCGUCUGGGGAGUGGCAGCUCAAGGUGGCACCAAUAUUUGCCUUAGAAACGUCUCCGCUCAAACCAUUUUUGAUAAUAUUUCUAUGCAUAGGGUAACAAACAUGGGAGGUGCACCAACUGUCUUGAACAUGAUUGCGAAUGCACCACCUACCGUCAAAAGGCCACUUCCUUCGAAGGUGGAGGUAAUGUCAGGUGCUGCCCCACCUCCUCCCGAGGUCUUGUUCAAGAUGGAGGAGUUAGGUUUUGGAAUAACCCACUCAUACGGUCUGACAGAAACCUAUGGUCCAGCGACAAUUUGCACAAAACCAGAAUGGGAUUCCAUGCAACCCCAUGAUCGAGCAAGGCUUAAGUCCCGACAAGGGGUUCAACAUAUUGCAAUGGAGGAUGUCGAUAUAAAGGAUCCAGUUUCCAUGAAGAGUGUACCUGCAGAUGCAAAAACCAUGGGCGAGGUGAUGUUCAGAGGCAACACGGUGAUGUCGGGGUACCUUAAAAAUUUAAAAGCAACUGAAGAAGCUUUUCAAGGUGGAUGGUUUCGGACCGGUGACCUCGGUGUGAAGCACUCUGAUGGUUAUAUUGAGCUAAAGGACCGGUCGAAAGAUAUAAUUAUUUCAGGUGGGGAGAAUGUAAGUAGCAUAGAAGUUGAAUCUGUGUUGUUCAGUCAUCCUUCAAUUCUUGAGGCAGCGGUUGUAGGCCGACCUGAUGAAUAUUGGGGUGAGACACUUUGCUUAGUUUUAUGGGAUAGAUUGGAUGGAGAGAUUGGGUGA